AUGAGGUCCCCCCCUGAGCAGGUCCAGGAGAAAGAGGUCCGAGUCCCACCUACACAUGAAGUUCCCCCCCUGAGCAAGUCCAGGAGAAAGAGGUCCGAGUCUCACCCACACAUGAGGUCCUCUGAGCAGGUCCAGGAGAAAGAGGUCCAGGAGAAAGAGGUCCGAGUCUCACCCACACAUGAGGUCCCCCCCGAGCAGGUCCAGGAGAAAGAGGUCCGAGUCUCACCCACACAUGAGGUCCCCCCUGAGCAGGUCCAGGAGAAAGAGGUCCAGGAGAAAGAGGUCCGAGUCUCACCCACACAUGAGGCCCCCCCUGAGCAGGUCCAGGAGAAAGAGGUCCGAGUCUCACCCACACAUGAGGUCCCCCCUGAGCAGGUCCAGGAGAAACAGGUCCGAGUCUCACCCACACAUGAGGUCCCCCCUGAGCAGGUCCAGGAGAAAGAGGUCCAGGAGAAACAGGUCCGAGUCUCACCCACACAUGAGGUCCCCCCUGAGCAGGUCCAGGAGAAACAGGUCCGAGUCUCACCCACACAUGAGGUCCCCCCUGAGCAGGUCCAGGAGAAAGAGGUCCGAGUCUCACCCACACAUGAGGUCCAGGAGAAACAGGUCCGAGUCUCACCCACACAUGAGGUCCCCCCUGAGCAGGUCCAGGAGAAAGAGGUCCAGGAGAAACAGGUCCGAGUCUCACCCACACAUGAGGUCCCCCCUGAGCAGGUCCAGGAGAAACAGGUCCGAGUCUCACCCACACAUGAGGUCCCCCCUGAGCAGGUCCAGGAGAAAGAGGUCCGAGUCUCACCCACACAUGAGGUCCCCCCUGAGCAGGUCCAGGAGAAACAGGUCCGAGUCUCACCCACACAUGAGGUCCUCUGA